UUGACUUGAAUUUGUCACUUUAAUGUUGGAAAGUGCUGAUGUGUUUUUUUUUUGUCUUCGGUGGUGCUGGACUGCAAGCUGCGGAUGCACAUUCAUUCCAACUUGACUUUUCUGCACAUUUGGACACCGAUUUGAGCUUUAUUGUCUUUUGUUUACAUGCAAAGCUUGUAUUGCUGCUUAAUUUUGUUCGAUCAUCCCCACAAAGAAGCAAUCACUUGAUUUUCGUCCAUUAAUUGUUUGUAACAAUUCUAUUUGCUCCCGCACACUCGUGUAGUAAUUCGGAGCCCCAGGUCAGCCGCCCAUUGUAACGCCGGUGAUCUUGCAUGCUUGCUCGGGAGACUGAAGCCGCAGAGCCCCGCAGCAGCUUGUCUAUUGCCCAUAAAAAAUCUUGGAUGUGUGAGGCUGAAUGACAUUUGGGGGAAAUGGGCCGUAAAAUUAAAGAAUCCUGCAGAAGGGGAGAAGAGGGGUAUAGCAAAGCAACCCCCUCCCACUAACACGCACACACAGAAACCGAAGCCUGUGAGCUGUGAGUGGAGAAUGGAUCCCCAAAACGUUGCAGAAAGGCACCUUUUCCACACCAAAACGCAGCUGCACGUUUUCUACACUUGUGACACUUCUGUGGUGCUCAUCACACGCUUCCAUGUUCCAGGACGACCAAAGAGACAUGGCCAAGCAACCACCGGCCGCCUGCGUCCCGGGCGACGCUGGGGGACUUAAGGCCGACAACACACCCCCUCAGCCGACCGCUCCUCCCCACCACCCGGCGCCUCCGUGCAACGACAGCCAAACUUUUUGUCCCACGGAAAAUAAACCCGGAGAACCGGACACAAAUAAAGCGUAUGGGACGUUCAAAAACGCCGCGCCGGCUGUCCCCGCGUCGGUUGCAGCUAAUUCGGCCUUUCGUAAGGAUUCCACGGUUUCGAGCCGCGGGGAUGCCACGCAGCACACGGAGCAGAACAACACCGCAGCCAACUGGACCGCUAUGAGCCAGACCACCGUCAUACUGGGGACAGAUGGAAACAUGACUGUCCAAGCCGGCACCGUUAACCCGGCUGACGAUGACGAGGAAGGGGAUGAGAAUAAGGCCAGGGGAAACUGGUCCAAUAAACUGGAUUUUAUUCUGUCCAUGGUGGGCUAUGCUGUGGGACUGGGAAACGUGUGGAGAUUUCCUUAUCUUGCCUUCCAGAACGGUGGAGGUGCAUUUUUGAUCCCCUACCUGACAAUGUUGGGCAUUGCCGGCAUCCCAAUCUUUUUACUGGAAGUGUCCCUGGGCCAGUUUGCCAGCCAGGGCCCGGUGUCGGUGUGGAAGUGCAUCCCAGCACUGCAAGGUUGCGGGAUUGCCAUGUUGAUAGUAUCUGUCUUGAUAGCCAUAUACUAUAAUAUUAUUAUGUGCUGGACACUGUACUACCUGUUCGCUUCGUUGAAGGGCUCACUGCCAUGGGCUAACUGUAGGAAUGCGUGGAACACCGGGGAAUGUAAGGACAAAGAAAUGCUGCUCUUAGACUCCUGCGUCGUGUGGAAAGAAAACACCACUUCCAUCAAGAACUCCACUUUUUGUCUUUCUGCUGAAGCUGCUGGAAAUCUCAAGAACCUGUUAAACAUGGCUACGGAAGAUGAAAAUACCUACGUCAGUCCCAGUGAAGAGUACUUCAAGUACAAUGUACUGCACAUAUCUAAAGGCAUUGAAUAUCCAGGAGACAUUCGUUGGCCUCUGGCAGGCUGUCUGUUUCUGGCCUGGGUGAUCGUCUACUGCUCGUUGGCCAAGGGAAUUAAGUCAUCAGGGAAGGUGGUGUAUUUUACAGCCACCUUUCCCUACGUGGUACUGGUGAUCCUGUUGAUUAGAGGGGUGACCCUCCCUGGGGCAGCUGAUGGUAUUCUCUACUUCAUCACACCAAAGUGGGAGAAACUCAUGGAUGGAAAGGUGUGGAAAGACGCAGCCACUCAAAUCUUUUUCUCUUUGUCGGCUGCUUGGGGAGGCCUCAUCACGCUCUCCUCCUACAAUAAGUUCCACAAUAACUGCUACAGGGACACUAUCAUUGUCACGUGUACAAACAGCGCCACCAGUAUAUUUGCUGGCUUUGUCAUCUUUUCUGUCAUUGGUUUCAUGGCAAACGAGUUGAAUGUGCCAAUUGACAAAGUGGCAGAUGAAGGCCCAGGCAUAGCUUUUGUGGUGUAUCCAGAGGCUCUGACCAGACUUCCCUUGUCUCCCUUCUGGGCUAUCAUCUUCUUUCUCAUGCUUCUCACUCUCGGCCUGGAUACCAUGUUUGCAACCAUCGAGACCAUUGUGACCUCGGUAUCGGAUGAAUUCCCCAAAUACUUGAGGACGCACAAGCCACUCUUCACCCUGGUCUGCUGCUUGGCCUUCUUCAUAUUGGGAUUCCCCAUGAUCACAGAGAGUGGCAUGUACAUGCUACAGUUGGUGGACACUUAUGCAGCCUCCUACUCUUUGGUCAUUAUUGCCAUUUUCGAGCUGGUGGGGAUUUCUUACCUCUACGGGCUACAAAGGUUUUGCGAGGAUAUUGAAAUGAUGAUUGGUUUUCAGCCCAGCCACUUCUGGAGACUCUGCUGGGCAUUUGUGACACCAACCAUUCUGACGGGCAUUUUGAUCCUGAGUCUGUACCAGUGGAAGGUGAUGACCUACGAGGACUAUACCUACCCCACCUGGUCCAUGGUUCUGGGCUGGCUCAUGGUUAUCUGUUCUGUCAUCUGGAUACCCAUCAUGUUUGUCAUCAAGAUGUACCUCGCCCCUGGCUCCCUAAUUGAGCGUUUGAAGCUGGUCUGCUCUCCUCAGCCAGACUGGGGUCCCUUCCUCAUGAAGCAUCGCGGAGAACGCUACAAGAACAUGAUCGACCCAUUGGGAACCAGCUCCCUUGGCCUCAAACUGCCUCGUAAGGAUUUACAGCUUGGUUCCUACCAGUAACAGCGGCCCUGGGAGCUCCACACCCAACAGCUCUAACCCCUGGUGGGUGGGAACACCAGGAGAGGACCACAUGGCCUCUUUGAGACGACCUUUCAUUUUCCAUCUGCCUCCUUUAUUCCACUAUGUGCUUCACCACCAUGUUCCUGUGUCUUCCUCCAAAGUGUGAAUUUGGGAAUAUUUUUCCUUUAGUCCUCUUCCCUACUUGCUGUUCUCUCAGGAGGGAGGGGCUGCUGCUGCUUUGUGCUCAAUUAACAGUCUACCAUUGCCUCCCACACAUGACCAUUGAAUACACCACCACCUUUCCGUGGUACUCUGAUUCCUUGUGACAAAUGGUGUCAUAAAAGGAGAGCUCAGUGUGAACUUGCAAUAUUAGACUUACCUUAGCUGCUCCCUAUGGAGUCAUAUGUGUAUGUGGCUGUGUGUGUGUGUGCGCGCGCGCGCUUGUGUGCGUUACUGUAUUUGUGUGUUUAAAAAUAAUGAAUAGCCAGAAGAGGAAAACAAAAAAGUCGACUGACAGAGAAACAAAGGUUGAACAAGCUUGAAAGGAUUCUUGUUCUGUUUCAUCCCCCAUACAUGUUCAUAUAUCGGCAGCACAAGGAAAGCCUGUCUCUUAAAAUAAUUAAAAAAAACAACAGUAUACAUUGUUGUAUAGGUAGUGUCUAACUGCUCCUGCUCCCUGACAAAUAAUCAUAUGACAUGAAGAUUAGAAAUGAGGAAUCUGCCUCCUAGCUCCCUGUAGAGCAGUGAAUGCACCAUGAUCACCACCUCCACGAGAUACUCUGGCCUUGGAUGACUCAUGGAGGCUUGGGUCUGUUUUUGUCUCUGAACCCGAGGGCAUAUUUGUGAUAUCCCUGAUUUUUCUCAAUUACAUCAUCUAGUAUUUGUCUUACGGCAUAAUGUAGGUCAUGCCAAUUGCAUGGAAGCACUAAAGUAGUCUAAUCUGUCCUUUAGUUCAUGAUAAAGAAGCCAUUUAACCUUUUUAAAUCUCUUCAGACUCAGCCUGGUAGUCACACUGUGCAUAUAUUUUAGAUCGUGUAUUUACCGCAGUAUUAUAUGUGUUGUGAAGAUUCACAAUGUGCACUGCAUUAGUAACAUAACAGACAAAAAUAUGCACACACAUGAAUAUACGUAUCUGUAGCUUUUAGCAAGAGGAGAGAGCGAGCACGACAGAUCGAAUGUGUGCGUGUUGUGCGUGUAGAUGUACAAAGUGUAGAUUUCGUGUGUUGUCACGUCCCCACAAUGUCAGGAGCGGCUGUUGCAACAUGUGACUAGGUGGCGAUAAGACGAGGGAAAGGCUUCUCGCAUCACCGAUGUGUUUUUGUCUUUGUUGUGUGAGAAAGCUCUGGAGACUUUGCCAUUUCAGACGAAUGCCUCUUGCUUCUCUGUGUCCUGGGUCUCAGGUAUACACAAUUCCAUCAAACGACUCCGCUAGAUGUGACAAUGACAGCAUUCAGUGACCAUGUUGGGGCAAAUUACUUUUAAAAGGUAAUUAGUCAUUGCAACGGAUGUAAUUACCAAGGAAACUAAUUAUUGUGUUACUUUUUUUUUUUUUUUAAACCCGAGGCGUCUGUUGUUGAGUGAUGUGUUAUGAGAUUAGCUAGGCUGCGCUCAUUACUUGCAAUUCUGUACCAAAACGCAAGGGGGCAGUGUUUUAGUGUGCGCAAGCACAACUACUGUAGCUAUUAGUUUCCUGUGUAGUAGUAGUGAACAAUAGCAGUUGACGCCACAUCCAGAUUGUUGAUUAUAGACAUCAGUGCAUAAUAACAUGGCACAAUUCACUGUAGGUAACAUUUUUAACGUUCAGUGCAGGCUUUCAAUGACAGUCUGUUUGCCGUGUUUGUAUGAUGAUCCACCCGGAUCUGCCAAAUGACUGCAGUUCCUUGUUUCUUGGCACAAAUUAGCAGCGGUGAAGAGUGUGUAUGUGUUGUGCCACCGUAGCAGGUAGGCGCACACGUCCGUCUCCCUCGUCACAUUUUUUUAUAGAGCACAAUUCGAACCAAGGCAACAUGACGGGAUACGUUCUUUUAAAUUGCAGUAAAAGCACUUUGAAGCUUUUAUGCUCAGUACAGUUGGACACACAUUUCCACACUGACACAAAGUUGUGAUGGGCUUUUUCAUCCAAAAUGCCUUUAACACUGGAGGUGUUUGUUUUUCAGCUGUGCUUUAAGGCUUCAGUGAACUCUGGUGGAAUGCAAUAAGAGUUACUCAGAGAUGUGGAAGUCUCCCUGAUUCUCUAAGCCAUGUAUGUCUGCUCUGCCAACACAGAACAAAUGGGAUUCAAGAGGUUGAGAAAGCAAAACAAUGCCCACAUUUGGCAGUCACACGUGACAUUCCUGUUGGUAAAUAGCUUGCUUGCUCCAGAGUGUUGCUUUAUUGAGCUGCUGUGUAUUUAGCUUGAUUCAUUCAAACGUGAUGAUGUGUGUAUGCUUGCGCGUGCGUGUUUGCCUUAGUGUUGUAGUUUUACUGAACUCAACUAUCAAUCAGAUGUUUGCAGGGGCCAUCUUGGGGAGCCCCCUUUCACACAAUACCAGAAGGCCUGAAGCUCUAAGAUGAUAGAACAAGUUUAGAAAGCAUCGACCCACUGGUGAAAGGAUCAUGUGUUGGACGUAUCGGACUGUGCGCUCUUAGCAAACUUGAAAAGCCCUGUGUGCCCCGAGGUGCAUUAUACAACGGGGGAAAGGGCCAUAUAUUAUAUUAUUAGCUAAUGUUUUUGUGUCUUUGUGUUUCAUGCCCUCACCCCUGCUUUUGUUUCGAGGGGAAAAAAAGUGCUAAAUCCUCAUAGCUUCAUGAGCUAUGACAAUAAGCUUGCAUGUGCACUUUGUGUUGCUCUACUCAAUGUUCAUGUGUAGUAACGCUCUUGUCCUUUCUCAAUCAGUGCGUAUAUGUCAGUGCAUGUUUAGUAAGCGUUCGGGUCGACAUGUUGGGGUGUUACUGUUAUCAGAGGAUUUACAAACAAAAUUUGCUAAAUAAGAAAUGAUCUAACGAAUGACUUAUUUUGCCUGCAAGUCAACUUUGGGCACGAACCAAAGAAAAAAACUAGAAUUGUAAAGAGGAAAUAAAGAGAAGAAAAAAAGGAACAUGGGACCUGCCAAUAGGAGGUUUAGCUACUGCCAUUCAUGUCCCAUGCAGUAUAUCUUGGUGUUUGCCAAUACGUUACAAAACAUCUUCAGGUAACCAUUGGCCUUAUAGAUGUCUUCUAAUGGUAGAAUAUUCUAUGUAUUUCACAUAUUUCUCCACGGAAAAGCUUACUGUCUGUCACGAGAUAUCCGUAUUCUUAUUGUAUGUCGGUUGUGUCAUUUUGGCACUUUGCUGUGUGACCUAUGACUGCAUAGGUUAAAUUUCUAAUUACUUGAGUAAUGUCAUACAUUUGUGUGUUCUCUGUGAGGCACAGCUGCCUAUGGACAUAGAUAUGUGCCUCCAACAUGAUAUCAUUUGAUUUGAAAAUAUAGAGUAGAUAUAUAUAUAUAUAGAAAGAGAAUUGGUGUAAGAUAUAAAAGAAUAUAGGAAUAUAAUAUAUACAUAUAUGUGAAAUGCAUUUAUUUUAAUCUGUCAUCAAUCUUUGAGGCCCUACCUCCAAUUUUGUAUUUAUGUAUAGAAAUGCAAUUGGAUAAUAGUAUCUUUGCCAAUAAUAUAUCGCUAUUAUACUAUGAAAAUGUAUACCCUAUUAUCAAUAAAUAAAUGUUAUUGUUUUCA